AAUCAGUAUUUAGUUAACUUUAAAAGUGUUUAUCCGUUUAAGUCUCUGGCUACAGGUUUAUUAUUGCUGGUUUUUAUGGAUUAAAACUGGAAAUUAAUUUUAUUUUUUAUUUGGAAACUAUGUGUUGGUAUUUAUUUUUCGCAUUUAAAACUUCAACUUGUUUGAUCGAAAUUAAGAAUUGUCAGAAUUUCAGACAGCAGGUAUGCAUACAUUUGUUUUCACAUGAGUAAAUCGAAAACAUUUUAAAAACUGAAACCAGAAAUUUCAAAGUUUUUGAUGAAACUUUUGAAGACAUGAUCGAUAAUAUAUUAGAAGUCAAAGUUUAUUCUUUUGCAUCUUGAGUUUGAUUUUUAUUUUUUUUUCCAUGCAGGAAGUGGUUUAGUAUUAUAAAAUUCAAAGAUUUUCUAAUGAUGCAAAAAAGACUGUUAAAUAUUACAUGACCAUAUACGUGCCAUGCUGAUCAUCCAGCUGCUGCCAUAUUCGUAGGCAAUUCCUUAUUUUAUAGUCAUCAAUGUCAAGCAUCAAAGUUAGGUGGAUAGAAAAUGGGUGAAUUGCAAUGCACCUUAGAAUUUUCUAUUGAAUUACACAAAUUCAUCAAUGUGGAUUUGUUUCAACGAGGCAUGUUCAUUGGUUUUUCCUGCCUGCAUUGUAAAUGGAACAGCUGUCAGUAAAACAUUUCAAAUUUUAUAUAAAAAUGAAGAAGUUAUUUUAGAUGAUAUUAUAAUUUUUAAGGUACACACUCUUAUAGAAGGGCAUAGGAUACGAGAAUCUUUUUUGAAAGCAGAUUUUCAAAUUGUUGUUGAACUGUGGUUUACUGAUCAAUCUUUUGGACCUGAUCAACAUAAUUCCAUCCACUGUGUUAGUACAAGAAAUUUACUUUUACAUUUUGAUCCAGCUAGAGGACUACAUCACCAUAUACCUUUGUUAUUUGAUUAUUUCCAUUUGAGUGCAGUUACAAUUACAAUUCAUGCUUCCCUCAUCGCUAUAUGCCAGCCAUAUUUGAGGUUGGGCGAUCUGUUCCAUCUCCUGCUCGGCUCUAUCGAGCACAUUUGGUACAUUGGGAACUUUGUGCUGUUCUACUCUCUGCUCACUACAGUUUGUGUAGAAAAUUGCUGGAAUAUAUGACCCUAUUACCAGCAUGGCAGAAGUUGAAAUUAGAUUUUUUAGAUAGUAACCCUCAUCUAGAAGGAAUAAGUGAUUUUGCUAAGGAAUGCUAUAAGCAUGUUAAAAGUGGUCGUCUUGUCCCAUCAAAGGAACAACUGUUUGGACCAUAUGAGGGCAUGGAAUCUGAAGAUGAAUUUUUUCUUAAAGCUAACAGUGAUAUUGCUCAAAUUUGUGGAGCUCUUAUACUUCUUUGGCAAAAAUUUCUGGAGAUUGUUGUUGGGAGGGAAAAAAUACGACAACAUUUAUCUCGUCAAAGACACUUCCAGCGAAUCAAACGCUUUUCUGAAGCUUUUUUUAUUAUUGAAAGAACACGAGAUUCUGUUUUAUCUCCGUGCGAUAGCAGUAUUGAAGCCUAUCAAGAUGUGUCUGAACAGCUGAGAAAGUCUUCUUAUCUUACUCUACUACCACCUUUGGAAGUAGAAUGUGUGGAGUUUGAUGGUGAUUUAAAUUCUUUGCCAAUUGUAUAUGAAGAGCAUUAUCAAGAAACUGCUAGAAGAGGAUCUGGAAACAGUCAAAGUUCACAAUCCGAUUCGUCCACUAGUUUGACAGAUGUUAAUUUUCUUGUUGAGGAGAAUAUUGAUGAAUCUAGUGAUGCUAUUCGAAGAACAUCCCAGGGAUCUCUUGGCCAAAAAUAUAGAUCGCCUGAUAUUACUGCUACUCCUACUAGUCCAUCUGCUUAUUCUUGGUGUCCUGAAUCUAUUUCAACUUCACUAUCUACCAAAUCAAGUUGUUCAGCAAUAAAAAAGCCUUCUUUAAAGGAUAAAAUUUUUAACAAUGCCAGAAAUGAAUUUGAAAAUGAAAGUGAAGAGUAUGUUGUACCUUCUAGUGCAUUUACCAGAAUCAACCAAAAAAUUGCUGUUCGAUCAAAAAUGAAGCUCCGUUCCAGAACUGUAAAUUUUUUACGCCAAUUAAAAAAACCUGGGCAAAGCUCGAACACUGUUGUUUUAUUAGGUGUCAAAAAGUUAGAUACAUGCAGUUCAGUUGGUUGUGGUGGUGUUAAAUCUUUAAAAAUACCAUUUGCUUUAGAAAGCGGUAUACGGCAUUCUCAAAGUACACUUUCUGUUAUGAGCACUUUGUACUCAGAAGCAAGCUCUUCUAUUCCUAAUAGUGAAUCUAUGCCUGAUUUGACAUCAGGGUAUGUUCCACCUCCUCCACCACCACCACCACCUAUGCAAAAAUCUAAACUCUUAAAUGGUCAUUUUGUGUAUUUAUCAUCUGAGGUACCUAAACAAAAAGAAAGAAAAGUUCCUCCAAGCCCAUCUUAUCAAAUUCCAGACAGAAAAAAGAAUCAUGGCCUAUGUCCUUCUCCUAGUCAAUUAAAAAAGAGCCAUGAAACAAUUUUUUCUAAUUCAGAAACGAUUUCAAGGAAUAACGCUAUUGUAUGUGAAAAUGGAGUAGAUAUUGAGUUUUCAAAAAGUAAUACUGUCGAAGAACUUUCUACUGAUUCCCAAAAACAAGUUUCUUUAAAAAAUUUAAAUAGUAAUGAACCAGAAAUGGUUGUCUCAAAUCAGCCAUCGAAAUCAAAAAAUGAAAAUAUUUUUCUGAAUCCUCAGAAAAAAAGAAGCAAUAAGUAUGAUCCACCUCCUCCAUUGUCAUUAGGAUCAGAUGAGCCUGGAACAUUGCUGACUGAUGCAACAUCUACUUCAAAUGUUUGUGAAAUUUGUCCCCCUUCCCCACCUGUGCAAUUUAAAGAUCCACCUCAAGCUAAUGGUAAAACUGAAUCAGUUACGAAAAAGUCAGUAAAACCUACAAAACCUAAGCAUAAAAGACACUCUUUAGAAAUAGCUUCUAAAACCAGUUCUUCAUGGUCUAAUGAUAGUUGCCUUACAAGCUUAAUUUGCCAAGGUACUCUUUUUUUCCCUAAACCUCCUGCACAAUUUGGAGAUGAAGCAACUGAACCAAUUUCAAACAAUAAAAAAGACAUUAAUAGCUCUUCAUCAGAGGAUGUUUCUACUUCAAAUGAAGCAAGUGAACAAGAGAAAAAUACAGAAGAAAAUGCAACUUCAAAAGUUGAUUUGACUGAAAAUAAAGAAAAAAUUGCAGACAGUAUUUCAUUUUUUGAUACAAAAUGUACCAUAUUAGAAAUGCUAAGUGAUCUCUCUGAAUCAAAUCCUAAUUUGCCUGAUGACUCUGAAGGUAACACAACAAUUUCUUUAAGUAGUAUGAGUGAAAGGCAAAGAAGUUUCAGCCUGAUUACUUCAAACUCAUUUGAAGAAGAUACGCCUAGUAUUCGUCGAGCAUCAGUUAUUGGCACUGAAAUGAUUAGUUUUGUUAAAGCUAAGGAAGAGUUUCGCAAACAUCUUCAGUAUCCCUGGUUAUGGUACAGUGACUUCCCUAGCCUGGCAUCUGAUGUUCCAUAUUUCCAGUGUGAUAGUGACCUUAGAGCAUUUAGUCCUGAUGGCAUGCAUCUUGUAAUUUGUGUUCAUGGAUUAGAUGGAAACAGUGCUGAUUUACGUUUAGUUAGGACUUAUUUAGAACUUGGAUUGCCUACUGUAAACUUUGAGUUCCUUAUGUCUGAAAGAAAUCAAGGUGAAACAUUUGAUGAUUUUGAUACAAUGACUGAUCGAUUAGUUUCUGAAAUAACUUAUUACAUAGAAGUGUAUGGUUUAAAACCUGUUAAAAUCAGUUUCAUUGGGCAUUCCUUGGGAAAUAUAAUAAUCAGAUCUGCCAUAACAAGACCAGAAAUGAAGCCAUAUCUUUGUAAACUACACACAUUCCUAUCUUUGUCUGGUCCUCAUUUAGGAACAUUAUAUAAUAGUAGUGGUUUGGUUAAUAUGGGUAUGUGGUUUAUGCAGAAGUGGAAGAAGUCUGGUUCAUUACUACAAUUGGCUAUGAAAGAUGCUUCAGAUCUUCGUCAAACAUUUUUGUAUAAACUGAGUCAGAAAUCAGGUUUGGAGCAUUUUCGCAAUAUAUUAUUAUUCGGGUCUUCCCAAGAUCGUUACGUACCUCUACAUUCUGCUCGAAUCGAACUCUGCAAACCUGCCCUUAAAGAUACGUCCUUACAAGGUGUGGUUUAUCGAGAAAUGGUAACCAACCUUAUGCAGCCAAUCAUCCAAAAUCCAGAUAUUGCCCUUCUAAGGUAUGAUGUCCAUCAUGCUCUGCCUAGUAGUGCGAAUUCUCUGAUCGGCCGGGCUGCACACAUAGCCGUCUUAGACUCAGAAUUAUUUAUUGAAAAAUUUUUAGCUGUUUGUGGAUUGAGGUUUUUUAUCUAAUUUGUAAACAUAUAAAAAUAAAAAUGUUAUGAUUGCUGUGAUCUUAAAACUGUAGUUUAAAUUGAAAUAGUCAUUAAUGGUGCCAGAAAGGGAAAUCUAUUGUUUAUUCUGAGA